CUGUCGCUAGUGUCGCGCUGUCGCUGUCAGUGCCCUUUACAAACAACAGCGAGUAAGUGACUUUUCUAAUACAUUUUUGCAUAGUUUUUUCGUGCACUCGUAUUACUGAUUAUUUCUUUAAACUCGCAAACACUUUACUUCUAGGGAUAUACAUAUUAAUUGGGUAUAUAUAGUUGUACGAAAAAGAAAAAGGUGGUCUUCAACUGAGCGCAAGUCCACCCCAGCACAACGGAGAGCCCCAGGCAGACGGGGCCACAAGCUCGUGUUUCGGUGAAGGACAACGCUCCUUCCACCAAGCGACGCUGGGUCCCACCUUCUACACUGAGACACCAAGAUGCUCUUACGCCAGAAUCCCGUAACGACCUGGUGUUCCGUAAGGUUCGUGGUAUUCUCAACAAACUCACACCAGAGAAAUUCAAGAAGCUGAGCGAUGAUUUGUUGCGUAUCGAACUACAAUCCAACGUCAUCUUGAAGGGAGUCAUCUAUCUCAUAUUCGAGAAGGCCCUCGACGAACCCAAAUACUCGUCUAUGUAUGCGCAGUUGUGCAAACGACUGGCAGAAGAGGCACAUAAUUUCGAAUCCCCCGAUCAACCCUUUAGAGUUCUUUUACUUAAUAAGUGCAAGCUUGAAUUCGAAAAUCGCGCCGCUGCCCUCGAGAACAAUGGCGCCGGCAUUGCAAGCUCAGACUGUUUUGGCUGGGGAUAUGGUGGAGCCCAUUCCGAAGAAGAGGAAGAACGGCGUUCUAUUGCGAAGCGCAAAAUGCUGGGCAACAUCAAAUUCAUCGGCGAAUUGGGAAAAUUGGAAAUACUAUCGGAAAGCAUUCUGCAUAGGUGCAUCAAGGAAUUAUUGGUCAGAAGGGGUGACGAUCCCUCGGAGGACCUUGAAUGCCUAUGCCAGAUAUUCCGGACCUGCGGCCGCAUCUUGGACACCGACCUGGGUAAAAACCUCAUGAACCAAUACUUUGAAAGAAUGAAAAUGCUGGCGGAUAAUCAAGACUUACAACCAAGAAUAAGAUUCAUGUUGAAAGAUGUGAUCGAUAUGAGAGAUAACUCAUGGAUGCCGCGAAAGGCAAUUGUCGUUGAAGGUCCGAUGCCCAUCAACCAGAUCAAACCAGUGGAAGACGAUCGUCCAGGAUAUAGAAGAGAUCGUAAUCAUGAUAGAGACACUGACAGAUCCAACAUACCGGACUUGUUCCGACAUCCCAUGAAGACCCGAAGCGGUCUCGACGAUAUGCUUAUGGGUAUAAAUUUGACCCCUUCAGCACCAUCUCUGAUACCUACUGUACCUCCACCUUUUGGAUCCCACAAUGGGUAUGGAAAUCAAAGAGAUGGCACUUAUAGAGGCCACAAUAACCAACGCAGCGGUGCUUACAAUUACAAUAAUCAAAGGGGACAAUACAAGCAUAACCAGAAUAAUUCCAAUUCCCAAUAUAAUCAAUCAAAUAAGGACGUCGCGCCUCGUUUUAAAAAGAGCAAUCUGAUUGUCGGUAAAGACGAGAUGGCUGAUGUCGAACUCAGACCAAAUUCAAUGCUCAUAACUAAGGCAUCAUCUUUGAAAUCCAACAACAUUAUGAAUAACAAUAAUAAUAAAACAAUGGAACCAACAUUUGCACCAUCUACUAUUAAACACCCUCCAUCUACCUUGCUCAAAGACCCAUUACCCAUCAAACAGAUGCCUGUGGAGAAACCUAAGCAGUCCAAGAAAGACAAAGGCCCAAAUAAGGAAGAAGUUCUGAAAAAGUUCAAUACUUUAAUCGAUGAAUACUGGAAAGGGGAAGUAGAUCUUAAACAAGCUAUAUAUUCUUAUAAAGAGCACAAAGUCCCUGAUAAAUUUGCCAAAGAGAUGGUGUUGAGUGGUUUGUCAAAUGCUUUAGAAAAAUCUGACGUUGAACAGGAAAAACUUAUUCGAUUCCUAAGUAACCUUAAGGAGGAUAACCUGAUAAGCGGUAACACCGUUCAGGACGCCUUCAAAUCCUUGUGCAAUGUAUUGGUUGAGCGAGAAAACGAGAUUACGAAAGUCACUAAUUCUGCUUCCGUCCUCUUUGCCACCGCGAUUUGCGAACACCUCGUGCCGCUUUCCGACGUGGCUAACUUGACGGAAAACGGGUCACACCACCCGCUAUUCUUGCUGGUAUUGCAGAACAUCUACAAGAAAAGAGGCAAAUCGGAACUAUCGGAGAUGUUCAACAAGAGCAAGAUUAAUCUGAUGACACAACUACCUGACAGUGAUAAGACAAAAGAGCGCCUUUCAGAAAUAUUAGAAGAACGGGAUUUGACAUUUUUAUAUCCUCUGCUCCGUAUCCAAGCAGACUUAGCUCGUCAACUUCAGGCAGAUCCCAAUCCUCAGGCUUUCUACAAAUGGAUCAAGGAAAACUUAGAACCUUCAAAUUUCAAUGAUCCAGGAUUCAUCAAUGCACUCAUGACUGUGCUUUUGAAGUACAUAACUCAGGAAUCUUCUGCUUGUGGCGACGAAAAGGCCAUUAUCGAAAAGGAGACGAGCCUUCUGAAACGAUACCAACCCAUUUUGACCGCCUUCUUGAGAGAAAAAUCCAGCUUGCAGCUUGUGGCGCUCUAUUCACUUCAGAUGCAUUUCCACUCGCUGGGAUUUCCUCGAGGUCAAUUGUUAAGGUGGUUCAAUGCCCUUUAUGAUAUGGAGAUUGUGGACGAGGAGGCGUUUUUAAAUUGGAAAGAAGAUGUUACUGAUGCAUAUCCAGGGAAGGGUAACGCCUUGUUUCAGGUCAACCAAUGGUUAACAUGGUUGCAGGAAGCGGAAUCUGAAGAGGAAGAAGGAGAUGAUUAAAUAGAAAUUAUAAAAAAUAAGUGGCGUGAUUUUCACAUAAAUAGUAGAAAGAAGUUUAAAAAUAAUUUAAGUUAUUAAAAAGCAACACGUGGGAGUGGAAUCCUCCUUUUAUUAUUAUUACUUCACUAGUUUUUUGUCUCGAUGAAAAAUUUCCCGUCUCUAAGAUAUAGUUUUUGUUUUUCUUUUUUACUUAGACUUAGAAUGCGGUAAUGGACAUUUCUAUUUAUUGUUUAUCACUAUCGCUCAGGACCGGACUGGAAAUGUAUUCGGGCUGUGAAAUUGACUUCAUAAAGAAGUAGUAGAGUUUUCAAAAUGUAAAACGUAAAUGAAAAAAGUGACACGUUUUGAUCGCUUGAUAACAUUUUAUAUACAUAUUCAGAAUUUUAAAUCCAUUUUGAACAGUACCAGUUUCAUUCUGAAGUGUUUUUAACAUAGUGGAUUUGAUUUGAGAUUAGAUUACUAAGACUAAUUUAGACAUUUUUAUACAUUUGAUGCCAAUUUUAUUCUUGAGACAAAUCUUCUUUGUUGGGACAUUUUAACCAAGAAGAAUUUAUUGAGCCUGGUACUUCACAAAAUGAAUCGUUUAUUACAAUUAUUAUUAGAAAUCCAUUUCUUAUCACUGCCCGCAGAACUUUUGUUUUGACAAAAAGGUAUUCAGUAAGGUUAAUCAUUACAGAACUUUGUAUUUUAAAAAGAUUAAGUUGGCGUUUUCAUGCCAAAUUUUAACUCUGUUCUAAUUUUUUAUUAUGAGCCUUCUGCAUAGCUACAAAAGUAACAGAAUUUGACCUUUGAAUUGGAAUACAAAAAAUAUAUAUUUUAAAAGAACGCAGAACUUCUCAAAAUGUGUGACUUCUGUAGACCACAAAAGGUAAAAAUGAUUCACGUGGGUCAAUAAAAAUCAGAACUAAGGGUAAAACUACAAAGGCAACAGUAAACGACUGCUUCUAUAUGUUGUCAUACUGAACAUUUUUAAGUUAUUUCAAAGUUCUGAAAGCUCUACUAUUUACUGCCGGCUUAAUGAGUUCCGGCCCCAGAACGGACACCUGACCCGGUUUUUAGCCAAAUAAAGGACGCAGAAAUUUUUUGCGAGAAUCUAGGUUGAAUUUUUUUUUUAGUUCGUAAUUUUUUGCGUUUACGGUGGACGAUUUUUAUGAUUUUCUCCAAGUCUUAAAAGGACUCCUAGUGGAAUUUAUAUGAUGAAUGAGUUUAGUCAGUCGUAUAGAUACAUUUUUCCUUGUGGCAGAUAUUUUAUUUUCAGUGGAUUGAUUAGUUGAAAAUAGAUCUGUGUAAAAGCACUAGUGCAGUUUUGUUGCAACGUUUUCAGGGUUAUAGAUUACCAUACAUUCUGAAGGAUUUGAUAUGUUUUUAAUGGGAUCGAACAAUUACAGACAUUUAAAUCCAGUAACAUCACAAUGACUGGCGUUUUCGUGUCAGUUUCAAAAGCACAAUAAUGUCCUAUCACAUGUAUAAAAUCCUUCAUUUAUUUCUUGAACUCUUAUUUGGGACGAGACUGUGCUAGUUUGUUAUCCAUACAGAUGUCUGUUGAAAAAUAAGCUUUUUAUUCUGUAAUACUUUUAUAUAUAAAAAGAUGUGUUCUAUUUUUUUGUGUAACUCGUGUCCAAGUAAUGUAUUUUCUCAAGUAUUUUUUUUUUGUUAUAAAAUAGUUAAUUUUUUUUUCUGUAUCCUUAGGUUACUUAAUGUGUCACUAAAAAACUAAAACAAUUAUAUUGUGAAAUUUUGUGUUAAAUAAAUUAUUCGAUGGUAUUUUGC